AUGAUGGGGAAGACGCAUAGGUUCUCCAAGGGCCACCCGCUUGGCUUCGUGCCCGACUACCGGCACGGGGUGGUGGAGACAGUGGGGGAGUCCAAGGGGCUCGGGGCUAGCCCCGCGAGGAUCGACUCGGGGAGCUCCUGCGCGCUUCCGCCCAAGACGAAGUGCGUGGCCAGCGUGAAUUCCGGGGACAGGGAAGGCGCCUCGGGGUUCAGCGUGCCCCGGGAGGUGUUCUCGCUGCCCCGGAUGACUGCUCUGGACAAGAAGGACCUGGAGAUGAGGCUCCGCCACGAGCUCGCGCAGGUGAGGGACCUCCAGAGUAGGCUGUUUUCAAGAGGGCCUGCGGUGAGCAUGAAUGGUGCGGCGGCCGUGUCGGCGCCUCCCGCAGGCGAUGUGCUUCCCAAGAAAAAGGUUGAGAAGCUCAAGCGGAGCGAUUCGGUGCAGACAGACAGGGGAGCGCCGCCACCAGUGGCUGUGGCUGUUGCCCCACCUGUUGCCAGCUCUGUUAACCACACAUCAUCGUUUAAACAAUGUGCCAACCUUCUCAAGUCCCUUAUGAGCCAUGGAUGGGCAGGCCCGUUUCUUGUUCCGGUUGACAUUGUGAAGUUGAACAUCCCUGACUAUUUUGAAAUAGUCAAGCAGCCCAUGGAUUUGGGUACGAUCCAGAAAAAGAUGAAGGCAGGUAUGUACUCUACGCCUCGGGAAUUCGCUGCAGAUGUGAGGCUCACUUUCAGCAAUGCUAUGAAUUAUAACCCUGUCAAUAAUGAUGUUCAUUUAAUGGCCAAAACUUUGAGCAAGAACUUUGAGACUCGAUGGAGGCUUAUUGAGAAGAAGCUCCCUAAACCAGAUGAGAAGCCUCCACGAGAUGAGAAGCCUCAACCAGACGAGAGGCCUCCUCAGCCAGUUGAGAAGCCUCCUGUGAGGGAGCCCACAAAAAAGAAUUCAACUAAGAGAGUUGCCAUUGAGAAAGAAGACCCCACCAAGAAAAAACCGUCAAAGAAAAGUGUACCUAAGCAAGACAUCUUUCGGGAAGAAGAUUCAGCGGACAAUCCAGUUUUGCAACCAAAGAAGAGGAAAACCUCUCCUUUGGUACAAGAUGCUCCUUUGGUAGAGGAUAUUGUUCCAGCUGGAAAGAGAGUGAUGGCGAGUGAGCAAAAAUACGAUUUAAGUGCAAGAUUACAAUCAUAUGGUGCAUUCAUUCCAGAUCAUGUAGUUGAGUUCAUAAGGAGUCACGCUGACGAUUGCAAUGCCGACGAAGAGGAAUUAGAGCUUGAUAUGGAUGCUCUUGGAGAUGAUACACUUUUUGAAUUACAGAAGCUACUUGAUGACUAUGACAGGGUUAAUCCGUCAAGAAUCCUUACAGAAGAGGAGCCUCAUGAGGUUGAGUCUCGGAGUCAAUAUGAACUCAUCAAUCCAUCAGUGUGUAACGAUGAAGGCAAUGAGCUCAUUGACGAGGAUGUUGAUAUUGGGGAGAAUGACCCUCCAGUUUCGACUCUUCCUCCUGUGGUACUUGAAGAUGAAACAGCAGACAGAAGCAGCAAGCAUAGUACAUCUAGCAGUUCUAGUAGUGGCUCAGAAUCAUCCUCUAGUGACUCAGAUUCAAGUAGCUCUUCUGGAAGUGAUACAGAUGCCAAAGCUCCUCAACAAAGCAGCGGGCCAAAGGAAAAAAUUCUACCUGUGGAUGGCUUGGAUAAGGAAAAGGAUUCACUGAACACAUUAAAUUUACCAGAGCAAAGUACAAACCCUAUACCUGUUUCUGCUGAUGGUGAGGGGGGAAUUGUAUCUGAGAAGCAGGUCUCCCCUGACAACCCUGACAAGCAAAUCCGAGCUGCCCUUCUGAGAAGCCGCUUUGCCGAUACGAUUCUUAAGGCUCGUGAAAAGACCCUUGAUCAGACUACAAAAAAGGAUCCUGAGAAGCUUCGACGUGAAAGGGAGGAACUUGAGAGGGUACAAAGAGAAGAGAGAGCUCGGUUGCAAGCUGAGGCUAAAGCUGCAGAGGAUGUUCGCAAGAGGGCUGAAGCAGCAGCUGCUGCUGAGGCUGCUGCAGAAGCUAAACGACAAAGAGAACUUGAGAGAGAAGCAGCUCGCAAAGCUUUGCAAGAGAUGGAGAAAACUGUUGACAUCAAUGAAGGUAGCCAUUUUUUGAAAGAUCUUGAAAUGCUCGGAAGUGUCACAGGUGAACAGAUACCCAACUUGGUUGGUGAAACAAGUCCUGGGUUUCAAAUGGGAAGCAACACCCUAGAAAAGCUCGGGUUGUACAUGAAAAAUGAUGAAGAUGAUGAGGAUGCUGAUUUCACAGAUGAGCCAGUGGCUGAUGUUGAAGAGGGAGAAAUAGAUUAA